UUGAUUGACAAAUGAAAAAGAGGCCUUCUUCUUCAUCUCUAAGCUUCUGACCAACCUUCUCCUUCUGUACAUUAAAUAACCCGAAACAUAGGUGCAAGAUACCCCCCCUGUCUUUUCCUACAUCCUAGACCAUAAUGUCUAAGCCCAGAUUCUCUGUUGAUCUUCCCAUAUUAGACAUUUCUCAGCCACUAGAGUCAUCCUCUUUAUCUUCCCUUUCGAAAGCCUGCAAAGACUGGGGAUUUUUUCACAUAGUCAAUCAUGGAAUCUCCAAAGAUCUUUUCAGAAAGCUUCACUCAUUGUCUCAAUUCCUCUUCAGCCUCCCUUCUGAUACUAAGCUCAAACUUGGCCCUUUCUCCUCCCUAAAAUCUUACACUCCUCACUUCAUUGCUUCUCCUUUCUUUGAGAGCCUCAGAGUUAAUGGGCCUAACUUCUAUGUUUCUGCUAAAAGUUCUGCAGAUGUCCUCCUUGGCAAACAAAACUAUGAAUUUAGUGAGAUACUUCAUGAAUAUGGAAACAAGAUGGCAGAACUUUCGGAGAAAAUCCUGAAGGUUGUGCUGAUGAGUCUAGGAGAAGGAUAUGAGAAGAAAUAUUAUGAAGCAGAGUUCAAGAACUGCCAUGGCUACCUACGGAUAAACAACUACUCUGCUCCAGAAACCACGGAAGAAGUUGAAGGACUUGGAAAGCACACAGAUAUGAGCUGUAUCACUAUAUUAUACCAAGAUGACAUAGGAGGGCUCCAGGUGAGAUCAAAGGAGGGAAAUUGGGUAGACAUAGACCCUUCAGAAGGCACACUUGUGGUGAACAUAGGGGAUAUGCUUCAAGCUUGGAGCAAUGAGAAGUUAAGAUCUUCUGAGCAUAGGGUGGUUCUGAAACAGCCUGUGAAUAGGUUUUCUCUGGCUUUCUUCUGGUGCUUUGAGGAUGAGAAGGUCGUUGUGGCACCAGAUGAAGUGGUUGGAGAGGGAUGCAAGAGGUUAUACAAGCCAUUUGUGUGCUCGGAGUAUUUGAAAUUCAGAGAGAAUAAUGAGAAGGGAAGGUUUGAAAAAGUAGGUUUCACUGUUGCAGAUUUUGCUGGGAUCAAGGCUCAACCCUUAAGUGGCCAUUAGGGUUUCGUUUGUUAAAAAUAGACACAUAUAUUCAAUUAUGAAUAAAACUUUAAUUAUGUGUUUUAUCCAUAUAUAUAUAUAAUUCUAGCCUUCAUUGAAA